UACAGUGAGCGCAAGCAGGCAGUUCAGUCGCAGACACCAGUAGCGUCAGUUCACAGCGCAGGAAAAACGUUUGACAAGAAAAUGCAGAAACUACAGCUUUGUUUCUUAGCCACACUAGCCGCUUUGGCCAUCUUGUUGCUAGGCCAGUUCCAAGCAACGACAGCAGCGGCGGCCGAAAGUCAAUUUGAUGCGCUCAAGAGUCAAUUUCUGCCAGCUGAGUAUAAAAAUCGCAACUUUACAGUGGAUGAGCUGAAGAAAGUGUUGCGCGAGAAGUGUAAGAAAGCCGCAGGUGGUGAGGAGAAUUCCACUCUUUAUCAGGAUAUCGAGAAGGGCAUCACGGUGCUGACCACCUGCGUGGCUGGACUAGCCAAUGUGACAGCGCUGCAAGAGGAAAUUGCCUCUGCACGUCCUAUUGGCGAGCUAGACACCGUCUUCAAUAAGUACUGCGAUAAGACACCGCAAGCCAUGCAAUGCCUGCGCGACUUCAAUGCCAAAGUCCAACCCUGCCUCAGCGCGAAGGAGAAGCAGCAAAAUGUUGUGCUGAUGCGCAUCGCCACUGGCCUCAUUGACUUUAUGUGUUCGCAUGGCGGCGAUCACAUAGCGCUCUUCGUUGCGGAAGAGGGUCCCGAGUGCUUGGAGGCGAAUCGUGAGGCGAUCAAUGCGUGCUUGAAUAGCUCAUUUCACGAAAGGCUGCCGAAAGAUAUUAAGGUGCCCGAUCUGUUCGAUUUGCCCGAAUUGGUGCUGGAGCCGGGGCACUGCGUCGAUUUGGAGCGCUUCCAAAGCUGCACCAUACACCAUUUGGAGCAGUGUCGCGAGAUUACGCCAGCUAAUGUGGCCGAGUCGGUAUUUAAAUUUAUUAAAAAUGAAACGAGUUGCAAUCAAUUUUUGCAAAUGAAGGAGAGUGAGCGCCCAGUGUUGCUGAAGGCGACUGCGAGAAAUGGUGGAGUAGCUAACAAGGCAGGCAGUGCAUUGGGAGUGCUGCUAGGCAGCGCGCUGACAUUGAUGGUGAGCCGAAUGUUAAAACUGUGAGGCAGUGGUGAGCCGGGAGAGAUGUAUUAUUGAGGUAAAACAAUAUCGCUCUUAGCGAUAAAAGCAGUGAGAAAAAAUAUAUCUGUAGAUAACGUUUCGUUCAGCUGAUAAGCUUAAAAAUUCUAUUUAGGCAUUUUCAGCAUAAAAAUGAGAAAUAAUCGAUUCAAGAAAUUAUAAAUUAAUGAAAUGUUAUCGAAAAAGUGUGUUGAAAGGAAAACGAAUAUGCAUAGGUAUAUCGAAAUUUUUUCGAUAUGUUAUAGACGUAAAUUUUUUUGGAAAAAGCAAAAAAAAAGUGAGAAGUCGGUAAAAUAAAUAAGAGCCUCUUAACAUGUUAUUCGAAAGUCAUCAAAAUGAAAGUGCGUUUAUCGAUUUGUUAUCGAGAUAGAUGUUUACCAAGCAUUUGUUGAUUUUAAGCCUUUUUAGCCUUUUCGUUAUUAGCACUAACAAUAAUCGAAUUAUUUUUUUUUUAGCGAACAGUUCUUUGUUAAUCGUAAAAUACAAAAUGUUAUUCUUCAAUAUUGUAACAAUUAGUUAUCGAUUUCUUUCUUGUUAUUUUAAAUUUUGCGAUUUAUUCAAUCGCAGUAGAAUGAUUUUAGCGAAAAAGAGAGCUUUAUGAAAAGGUUGAUCGAGCUUAGAUAAUUUAAACGAGUAAAAAACAAAAAAUAUAGUAUUUUCUAAAUUUUUUGUAAUUUAAAUUUCCAAAAAAUUUAAAUGAAAUGAUCGAUUCAUAUCGAUUGUAGCUUAUUAAAUGAUAUUUAUCGGUUGAUCGAUUUAUUUUGUAUUGAAAACAUUAAAAGACUCUCGUGUCAUUAACUGUAAAACUGUAACAAUCAAUAUUUCGAUAAAUUUUUCCUUAGAAAAAAAUAUAAUAAAUAUUAAUUUGAACCAAUGACUGCACAAAUUUUCCGAUAACACAUAAAUAUCGAUAACUAGAUAUGAAGUCGAUU